CCUUUCCGCUCUGUUUUGAUCUUACCGCGAGAUACCCUUUCUUGCUCUUUAAUCGUUAAUCCUGCGUUUUCUGUUCGGGUCGAUCAUCACUGUAACACUAGUCUACUACCGGGUCGAACGGAUGGGAACUGCAUUGGGUGGGUCACAGGAAAAAGUCUGUUUUUCUUUGCGAUACCCCCUCCUUCGAGUCUUUUUCUGCUUUCUUCAAUUUUUUGCUCUCUUGACAGCGUUUUUUUGUGUGGGUCUCUUUUUUUGUUUGCAAGCAAGGUGUUCAGGCUGGUGGGCUGGGACCGCGGGCCAUCGCAUCAUCAUCAUCGUCAUCUAUAUUGAUGAGGUGUUCUGUUUCUCUCGGGGUUCUCUUGUUAUUGUUUUUUGUCUUCUCAGGCAUAUCGCGAUGUGUGUGUGUUCUAGAUCUGGGAAACAGCCGGCUUGUAUAUAGCGACAGGCAUUUUCUCAUGGGACCUCACGGUCGAAAGUAGUUAUUUACCUUUCAUCUGCCAUGUUUUACCAAAUAUUAUCCAUCGGUCCGUCUACUUCUUCAAUUUUGACUCUUUUGCAAAUCCCCACUGUGCGCGCUUCACCGCUACUGA